AUGCGCUUCCCAUCGAGCGGCGGCCUCAUGGUCAUGAGACGGUCAUUAGGUAGGCGUGACAGCCGUUUCACGACGUCCAUCCCGACGCCGAAGGAGAAUCUGAUAUCUUAUCGCGCUGCCUUUGGAUGUCCGCUCCAGAAGGAGGUUCAUUCGAAAGCCAUCUCCAGUUGUUAAUGCUCGGGAAGCGGAUCUCACAAAGAACCACAAUAACCGCUUUGUAGCAGGUCAAUUUCCGGACUACCAAAGCUAUCCUCCUUUCUGGACUGUUUGGCACCGGAAUGCCCAUGAGGGAACGAGCAAUGCGGACGGCCGGAAUGAGCAGGACCACUCUGGCAGUCUGUGGAGAGGCAGUGGAGUGGGGGCUGGUCUGGUUCUUGUUUCUUGUAGUGUUUCGACCGAAUAUUUCUUGUCCACAAGCCACUGCCAGCUUGCCGACGGCGUGCUUUACCAGCAACUUUUACAGCAUCUUUUCUAGCCGCGCUCUUCCAAGGGGACAGGCGAUGCUGUCCUAAAUUGGGUUGUUGUUGAAUUCCACUAUGGGUCACGACUUUUCAGCGAAGUGGCGAUCCGGAUUAGCCUCUCGUGCGUACAGGAUUGCACGUCGUCCACUCCGUAGGAUUUUUGUUUAUUUUGGGGAGGGAGAAUGGGAACUACCGGGUGUGCGGACACACACACGUUGGACACCCUCAUCUGGUGUCGCCUACCGGUCAAUAGCGGUUAUCGCCGCUUGACCGUCGUGUUCAGCAUGGCUUCGUAUAGCCAGAGAUGAAAGCUGGGUGCCUGGAGCGUACGAAGCAGAGUUAUUUGUCAGAUUUAUCUAUGCGUUUGAUGGGGGGCUGUCCGGGUAUUGCUUAUAAGUACUUGUUGCCACCGUGGUAGUGCCUGCACUAUCAGGUCCAGCUGGCGUCACUUAUACUCACUUUUCAUGCUUGGUAAUUGCCAACAGUGUAUGGUCGCGCAAAGUCCUGUUAACCAAAUUUUUGCAACCGGAGCGACUUUGCCGCUGCACCGUGGGUUCCCGUCCACGGCACUCUGUGCACGCGAAAAUGUGCACGGACAAUGUGAAGCAGGCAAUCUGAAAACCAGCAACUUAACUCAACCGGCCACUUCCUUCAUCCCUAAAUUUAUGCUUUACCUCCUGUCCGAAGGCCGUUCUACACCAAAAUUAUUCGAGAGAUGUUGCUGAAAUACGUUUGGGGAAACCCUAAUGACCAUUUAAGGCUUAUUUUCCAUCGUCAGCCAUCGGGAGAGCCCGAGGAUCUAACAUGGGUCUUUUGGUUACUCCACAUGGUUUCAAAGUCUCUGCUAAGGGGACACAAGACAGCCGCCCUCUUGACUGAGGGUGUCAGAUGGUGUCAGGCCGAUGACAGCAAGUAAGCCCCGCCCGAGCCCACCUCCAGACGCCUGGGCAUUGUCGCGUUAUCGGAGACUGAUGGAUGAGGGAAAGGCGAGUGCGGCAAAUGCGAGCAGGUCUACCUCACUACAAACUUAUUCGUGAGCAGGCCACCUGUGCCGCAGCUACUCCGUGUGGCACCCGGUGGACGUCCUCGCUUACGACGGUCGAACCCUCAAGCAAGCCACCAGCGGCCAUUUCAGUUUCUCCUUGGUUGGUCUGUGCCACCUGUCGCUUAUGGGUUGCGCGUCGUUGCGCAACCGCCUGCGAGAGUCCUAGCAGGAAAAACUGAGUCGCCCGGUUUGCGCCGCAUAAUCACAAUGGAUAGAUGAGUGCACUUCCACGUGAUUAACCACCACACAGGUUUUGCUUUUCUGCAUUUCUUUUCUAACAGUUCACUUCCGUCACAAGUACAUUUCGGAGUCGACGCUAAAUUGUCAUGUCCGCUAUUGUCAGGCUAGGCAACGGUAAGGUGGAGGACCCCAAUUAGCUGUCGGUAGACUGUGGACCGUGUGUUAAUAUAUGUACAGUAGGCGGGCUAAUUCAUGAAAUGUCAACCGAAAUUCCAAAAUGCGUUUUCGUUUCGAAAAGAUUACUUAAGUAGGGUUGUAAAAUUAAUCCUAAUGCAGAAUAAUUCUAAAAUAAUACAGUUACCUCAGGAUGCCAGCUUUCGAACGAAAUCCUUUUCGGCUGGAUGCAAAAACUAUACUCGACAAAAAAUGCCUACAUAUGCGACAUGCAUUUUUCCCCUGAUUUUCGAUGCCUUUAAAAAUACAGUUAUAUUUCAUGGAAAACACGCAUAAAAAUAUUUAUUGGUCUGCUCAUUCGGUUGAGAAUUGCGUCUUCUUUCAAUUUUAUAGUCGAAGGAAGGGUUUAAUCCGGCUUUUAAAAAGUUUCUAAUUGCGAGAUUUUUUAAUACCGUAAAUGACCGUUCAUAAAACGUCAUGUCUCUGCAUUUAUCAACGUGGCUUGUAAAGUUACCAAUAUGGCCCAAAUCUACUGCUACAUCUUAUGAACCCCAUAUGGUCUCCUAUUAAUACCGUUGAUAAAUGUAUGGAUUUCUAUACGCGGAAAAUAUACGGCUUAUAGUUUGGAGACCCGAAUGCAAGUGUAACGGCAAGACGGCGUUCAAAUUUAUUCGGGAACUGGAACAGCUUCCGAAAACCGAACUAUACCCUUCCUUCGAGUAUAAAAUUGAAAGAAGACGUAAUUUUCAACCGAAUGAGCAGAAGAAUGAAUAUUUUUCUGCACGUUUUCCAUGAAAUAUAAUUGAAUAUUUAAGGGCAUCGAAAAUCAACGAUAAAAUUGCAUGCUACGUAUGUAUUCAUUUUUUAGAGAGUUUGGUUUUUUGCACGCAGCUGAAAAGAGGUUCAUUCGAAAGCCGGCAUCCUGAAAUAACUGAAUUAUUCUAGAACAAUGCUGCAUGAUGAUUAUUUUUACGACCCUAGUUAAUUAAUCUCUUCGAAACGAAAACGCACUUUGUAAUUUCGGUUGACAUUUCAUGAGUUAGCCCGUCUACUGUACUUACAAAUCUACUUAAGUACUGAUGGAUGGCUGUUUUACGCAAGAGCUGAGAAACGGAAAGCAACUGAGUCUGAAGUGAGGGACAACAGAAAUGUCUGCCAGUUGACAGACUCCGUUUUUCGAUGGUUAUGUACUCUUUCGAGAUGAAACGUCAUGGAAUAUCCAGCUGGACACCGUAUAUGCAUACAUUCAUCAUUUCACUCGAGGGUAUCUUUUUGACACCGAUCGUCUUCCGUGUUUAUCUCGCAUUCCGUCAGCUUCCUGUCCUGCGUAAUACGUUUCCCAGUACAACACUACAUCUCGUCUGUGACUUCUUUGGGGGGAGGGGGGAAUAAACUGUAAAUGUGGCAGCAUUAACGUAGUUUAAACACCCUUAACGACAAGUGUGCAUUUGCUUGAACCAACCUCGAUUCCAUCUAAUUCAAACGCCUGCGCACCUCCUCUCCAUAAAAUUGCCUGAUCUAAGGCCUCUUCGGUUAGUGACUGUCCUACAAGUAGAUGAGGUCGCAGAAGCUUGCUUGUGUGUACUUUUAGCAUAAUCUGUCGCGGAAAUGCCGGUGAGGUGAGGUGAAAAUAAACCGGUGGGCAAAAUAAAAGGCCUGUAAAAACGGCAUGCUAAAAUCUGCACGCUUAUUUUUGUGUGACGGACCGCUCGGAAGUGAGACAGCCAUGACGGAUCAGAGCUCUAGUUUUUUAUGAAGGGUGUUUUUACUGUCAUGGAGGUGAUAUACUGGACGCCACUAAUCUGCGACCCGGCGGACCAAAUAUCCCAAAAUUCUCAUGCCUUUUGUAAAUUGGAUCAGCAAGAGGAGUGUGUAUCAAAUCUGUGUUCCCAUACAGGUGGUCCUGUUAGACACAUGCUCGAGCUCGCAGCCGAGACAUUUUGGCAGGAAAAGCAGAAUGCGGACUCUACGUACGCUCCUUGUCCACAAAAUUUCUCUAAUGUUAAGGUAAACACCUGCUUCUGGAGAAUAAUCCGAAAGGUCGGAAAAUAUAGGGAGUUUUCUCUCUGCCCGAGAGAGAGGGAGAGCGUGGCGGUUGGAAGCCAAGUCGAGAAGUCAGAGCUUUGCAUGCAGUUCAUAACAGUCAAGGAAAGCCCUACUUAAAUUUCGAGUGGUCGAUGUAAGGCAAUGAAUGAAGGACUCUCAUAUAUGAUAGUGAUUUCAUCUCCCUCGAGAAAUGAUCUGAAUACGCUUAUUCGGAACAGGGGAUAAAGUGGCGUGCUCCGUAUUAGGGGUGGCCUUGGGCUAAAUUUCCCGGUGGUACCUAGAUUUGUGUACUAAAUUUAGCCCUAACCCCACCCAUGACCCUAAACCUCUUAACCCGAACUUCCCUAAUUCUAAAUGUUACUGUAACCGCCCUGGAAUUUGGAACAAGACCAUCCGUAAUAUGGGGAAGGUACUUAUUCCCAUGCCCUACCGUUUUCUUGAUCUGGCCACAUCAGACGGGCGCCAGUAGACUUCAUUCCCAGUGUCUGCAAUCUCUUGUUCCAGUUUAAAAACUUGAUUACUUGACGAAUUUUAUAGCGUCUUCUGCUUACUCGCAGGGGAUUCUGUACCCGAAUAUGCUGCUCCCCUUGGAGUUCUCGCAAUGAUGUCCAGUGCUCCAAACAAGGGAACAAAAGACACUUUGUCAUUACCUCAGUGCGGUAAGGGCGUAACUGUCAUCCGGCAAAUCUCAUGGCAUAUUACCUGCGUCCUGUGAGUUUGUUCUGCUGAGAGUUUUCAUGGUCAGUACACCAGUAUGUUGGAACCAGUUACAACCUUGGCGAAGAAAACUGAAUGCCAAAGUAAUACUUUCAAGGUCCAGGAAAAGGCCAAAAGCGAGUAGGGGACUCGAUGAAGCCUGCACGUGCAGAUGGCACAGCAGAACUAAAACUUGACAUGUUGGAGAGAAGGGAGUGUGUGCGGAGGCAGGGAAGAAGCGGACGACGACGACGAUGAUGAUGAUGAUGAUGAUGAUGAUGAUGAUGAGGAGGAGGAGGAGGAGGAGGAGGAGGAGGAGGAGGAGGAGGAUGGUUGUGACGAUGGUGAAAGGUUGACAGUGGCAACGUUGGUGACGACGGUGCCGCCGCUGUUGAUACCGUCUGUGCAUUCACGGUGA